CUCAUUCAGUAACCUGCCAUCGAUUGAAUUGUUGACCUGGCACUUCUAUUAGCGAAAUUUUUCUUAUUGUACAACUAAAAGAAAUGGAUUCAUCGACGAAUAAUGAUAAUUACAAUGCUGACGAGUUGGAGGCACCCGAGUGGCUUAAUACGCAGUACUUCGAAGAAGUGAUCAAGCAAUAUGAGAAUGCUUCGGAAGUCAAAGUAACUGAACUAAAGAUCUCACCAGCAAGUGCCAAAGGAGAUCACUAUGCCAGCGUUAUGUUUAGAGGUAACAUUUCGUAUACCACCCAAAAAGGCGAGUUCUCCAAGUCUCUUAUCAUCAAGACGAUGCCUGAAGUGGAGGGCCACAAAAAAGACAUGCUUGGUGACUCACAUCUCUUUAAAACGGAGAUAGGAAUGUACACCAAAGUAUUGCCUAAGUUUGAGAAAAUACUGCGUGAAGUGGGGGAUGAGACGAAGCUGUGUGCCCCAUGUGUGUAUUACAGCCUGGAACCUCGCCAAGUGAUAAUCUUUGAAGAUCUAGUGCCACAAGGCUACACUGUCAUGAGAGAUCGAGAUCCAACUGUAGAGGAGCUGAAGGCGGUGUUUACGAAGCUAGCUAAACUGCAUGCAAUUAGCUUUCACAUUUUACAUGAGAAUCCGGAAUAUCUUCAAGAAUUUAAGUAUGGUCUUUUUGAAAUGCCAAAUAUCAUAGAAGACCCCAUUGUCACAGCAGGAAUUUCCAAUUUUAUUGAAAUGCUAAAAAAAUUCCCUGAGUACUUAAAAUAUGUACCAAUUUUUGAGCGUUUAAAUAACGACCAUUUGGAUCGCUUAAAGUUGGUAAUGCAAGAAUAUCGAGUAAACAAAAAACCUAAUGGAUACUAUGUUCUCUGCCAUGGGGACUUUCACCUGCGUAACAUGAUGUUUAAGCAUAACCCGACUAAUGGAUCCUUCGAAGAUAUCAUGUUACUGGACUACCAAAUAAGCAAUUUGUGUCCUAUAACAGUUGAUCUGAUUUACUCCAUUUAUAUGCUGAUGGGAGCUGAGUGUCGUAAAAAUAACUACAAGGAUCUGUUAAACUUUUACUUUAAAACUUUUGUCGAAACUCUACAGAAAAUUGGAUUUAAGGGAGAAUUACCGAAUUCCGCAGAGUUUUGGAAACAAAUGGCACAACACAAAGCUUACGAUAUUUUUCUACUUACAACAUUUUUCCCAAUGAUAUGUGCCGUUAAAAACAAUACAUUCGACCCCAAUGAGGUGAUGCAAAGUAAUGAUUUUCGACAAAAGAUGUACUUCUUAGAUUUAUUCUUAGGGGAGGUUAAAUAUUUAAUUCCUAGAUUUGAGGAAUUAGGCUAUUUGGAUUAAACAAUAUAGAGUUUUUAAUAUAUCAACUCUAUUGAUCUAUAAACUUUAAAAGCGCUUUUUUAUGAUCAGAAAAUGUUUUCCAAACCAAUUACAAAUCUGCAUACACGAGGGUUGUGAGAAACAAACUUUUUGAAGCUUUGUCGUCUAUAAAUAUUAUUAAAGGGGUUAAAGGAUAUUUUGUUCAUCUAUUUGUUCACAUAUUGUCAAUUUUAAAUACAUGCCGAACAUCAAACAGUACAUAUGCUUCUGUCUGUUACAUACAUUUUAAAUUGAAUUAAAAAAUAAUUAAUCUGCCAUUUAAA